UUGGGUGUCUGGGAUGUAGAAAGGAUUGGGGAUACCUUAUGCUCCCCUUAGCUGGCACAUGUGAUUGGACAGGGGCUAGCAGGAUUAGGGGGAUCAUCUUGCCCCCUCUGUGUCUCUGCAGCAUCUGGGAAUCCACCUGUGAUUGUGGGGGAUCCUGGAUUGCAAACCCUGAGAUCUGGGAUCCUUUUAUUCAAGCAGCUCUGCGUGUCACACAAAGGAUGCACUGAGCACAGUGAAUUGCUCUCUGUUUGUGAGGAUUAAAUAAGAUGAAUGAGAACCGCAGCUCAGCUCAGGGAGUGAGGCUGCUCCAGUUCCCACAAUGAGGAUUCAUUUCUUCAGAUUGUUUCCAAGCUCCUGGCUGGUGAGGGGCUUGAGCCCCAAAUCUGUGUGACCUCACUGCCCCCUGUGGGCAGCUCCUGGGAUCCCCAGCCUGCUGCAAUGGGUGGGUUACAAUAGCUGACGACGGGUUGGAGGGUCGGAGGGAUGUGAACCUAGGCUCUGAAUCCAGGGAAUAUUGCUCCUCGGAGCGGGAUAUUGUGGAAGUUGUGCGGACAGAAUAUGUGUACACACGCCCUCCUCCCUGGAUGGGAAAUCUUCCCACCAUACAUGUCAUCACCCCCACAUACAGCAGGCCAGUGCAAAAAGCUGAGUUGACGCGACUCUCCAACACAUUACUUCAUGUUCCCAAUCUACACUGGAUCUUGGUGGAGGAUUCCCAACGCCGCACACCUCUGGUCACCAAGAUGCUUUUGGAGUCAGGCCUCAAUUACACCCACCUAAAUGUAGAGACACCACGAAACUACAAACUGAGGGGGGAUACAAGGGAUCCACGUAUUCCUCGUGGAACUAUGCAGAGGAACCUGGCUCUACGUUGGCUCAGAGAAACUUUUAAUAAAAACAGCAGCUUACCUGGGGUGGUGUACUUUGCUGAUGAUGAUAAUACAUACAGUCUCGACUUAUUUGAGGAGAUGCGUAAUACCAGAAAAGUAUCGGUGUGGCCGGUGGCAUUUGUGGGAGGUCUACGAUAUGAAUCUCCCAAGGUCAACGCUGCUGGGAAAGUUUUUGGUUGGAAGACUGUGUUUGACCCUCACAGACCAUUUGCUAUAGACAUGGCUGGAUUUGCCAUUAAUCUGAGAUUAAUACUACAGCGGCCCCAGGCUUAUUUCAAGCUAAGAGGGGUAAAAGGAGGUUAUCAGGAAAGCAGCUUACUGAGGGAGCUGGUGACCUUGAAUGACCUGGAACCGAAAGCUGCCAAUUGCACUAAGAUUCUGGUCUGGCACACACGGACAGAGAAACCAGUACUUGUAAAUGAAGGAAAGAAAGGCUUUACAGAUCCCAACGUGGAGAUCUGAGAGAAGAGAAGAAAAGGGGCUGCUUGCAGGCAUGGCACUUUUCACUCUUUGAGCCUCUUCUCAGACAGAUGGACAGAGAGCGGGCCUCUGGGGGCACAAGAUCUAUCGACCCCAGCCCCGCAAUUUGCACGGGACUCCAUGUGUAUGUUAUUUUAUCUGAAAAGCACAGCACAUGUGAUGCAAGGAACAGCGGAGAUGACAGGGCAGGCAGAACCUUGGUUCCUUUAUUUCAAGGGUCCACAACCUAACUCAUGUUGUGCUCCAGAGUAAAGCUGGAAAUUACAAACGGAAAAGUGACAACAUAAUCAGCGAGACCCAGGACACUGUCCACUUGUUUCCUCAAUUCCUGCAAUUGGGUUUGGUGGGAGGGUCGUAACUCCUAUCAAGCCUUUAAUUCCAACAACUUGCAGAGCAGUGAUGUAGGUGCGUUACACAGCCAUGUUCCACGUGCCCCUCUGAAUUGGCUAAAUAGCACAAUAGAGAGGUCUAAUGGCUAGUUGGGGGAAGUCACAACUGUAUGAGCUUACAUGCUUACUAAAAUGAAAAGCAACAAUUGUACUAAAAUAUAUUUUAUUUAACUCAUUCCCAUAAUUACCUAGCUUUAUUUUUAACAAACAUUAUAUGAUGGUUUAAGCAGCAAUAGUUCUCUCACUUUUUUAUUGUCUUCCCUAAGGGUCUUAAAUAAUCCAACAUGAAAAUUACCUGAGGCUUUUUCACAAAGAUUAUACUGGCAAGCUGGUAAAAAUAUCGUAGUUUACCAGUUAGUGGCACACACACAUACAGUGUGUAUAUAUAUAUAUAUAUAUAUAUAUAUAUAUAUAUAUAUAUAUAUAUAUAAUACACACAAACACAUUCAGUAUAUAUACACAUACACAAACCAGAUUUGGAAAUUAAAAAAUACAGAGUCUAAUGUUAUGAAAAAUUCUAAAUAUAUGUUCAGAGGGGGUGCAUUUUGCAAUAUAUAUAUUUUUGAUUGUAUUGUUCAUUUCUACCCUAUUUUGCCAAGCAUAUUGUUCAAAAUAUUUUGUUUUACUUAAAUGUGUAAAGUACUUGUUUUUUACAAAUGUAUUUUGAUGGUAUAUACUUACUUCACGACACAAAUUCAUGAGCAGACAGGAAAGUAUGAUGAUACAUCUUUGCUCAUAAAAGGCAUAAUACACCUGACCCUGAAACAAUGCCUUUGUUACAUUGGGUAUUUAAAGAAAGAUACAAAUGUACAUUAAAAAUUAGUGGUAUUUAGUGGUAGAUGCUUCUUAAACAUGCAAUGCUACUAGAAACAUUCAGCCAAACUUCUUUAAAAAGUGCCCAAAUUACUGAUUUAGUGGCAUUCCUUUGUCCCAGAAUGCAGAAUCAGUACUGGAUUAAGUUAUAGGAGUGCUUAUUUUAAAGCAGUGAAAAGCAGCUGCACAGCCAGCAGAUUUAGAUAGGCUGAACACUUCUAACAUGAAAGCAUUACUUUCUUUUUUUUGAAAACAUUAGCUAUUAAAUGCUGGACGGUUUUUGUAUGCACUUUUAUAUGUCUUUAAAGGAACAGUAAACACCUUAAGAUUUAUACUUAAAUGUUUAGUUAUGUGUAAUGAAACUAAUUUUCAAUUUUUUUUUAUAUUAUUUAUUUUGCUAACUUCCAUGCCUUCUAGUUCUGAAAAUUGAGGAUGUUCUCAUUAUCAGAACUCGAAAUGCACCUGUUUAACUCUACUACACAUCUAUCCUUAAUUGGCUUUAUCAGAUAGCAACUGCAAAACAAUGGACUGAAAUUAUAACUGUGAUUAGCCUUGUUGUCUGCAGACUAAAGCCCAGAUUGGCUCCUCCAAAUAAGGCAAAUAGUGGGUGGAGUUUGGUGGCUCUCACAGAACAAUUGCUGCAAAAUGGAUGUUAAUUUGUUUUAAAAAUGUUUAGGCUUUGCUGGUAUGUUAUUCAAUUAUUCAAUAGCAGCACAACAGAAAUGUCUUGUAAUAACAAGGUGUUUACUGUCCCUUUAAAGGGACAUAAUGGUCAGCAAUAAAGAAAUGUAUUUCAAUUUUGAAUAGAAGCAUUUGUGGAAUAUAUUUCUAUCAAAAAUGAUUCUAGUAAAAGUUAUGUCUAUCUCAACAGCAUAUGCACAUAUGCUGUGAAUGCUUUGUGCACAACAAGUCAGAGGUGGCAUGCAUGAUGCAUGUCAGUGCUGGCUCACUCAGCUGUCGCACUGUUUGCAUGAUUGUGUACAAGGCAAGCUCACCAUAAUUGCAUUUGAUGCUGAAACACUGAUUACUAGAAGCAUUUUUGCUAAUACAAUUACUUUGCAUGUAAUGUCUCUGUAAAAAGUUAGAAUACACUGAAGCACAUUUCAGUUGUGACCAUUAUUUCUCUUUAACAGCAAUAUUUAGAAGCUUCUAAGGUGAAAAUGCAGAGACUUGUUGGUUUCAUUGUCAAUCAAUAUGCAAGCAUAAAUCCUCUUUAUAUGUAAUUACAGAGGCUGCCUGUAUAUUCCAGGGGGAGUAUAGAACUCAGAGGAACAAAUUUAGACAUUUAAACUCAAGGGGCAAAGACAAAGACAAAGUUUCAACAAAACUUUAUUUCCAAAGCAGAAGCAGCAUGUUGGGCCAUGGCUGAAUCAGUAUUGGAUCACUGCAAUAGUAAUGCAAUAGCAUUAGUUACUAUCUUUGUACUGCACAUUAGCAACAGAAACUUUCUACUGCAGGUCCUGUGAGUUUGUUGUACAUGCCUAGACAAAAUGCACUUAGCAAAUAUGAAAGAAUGCAGAGAAAAGGAGAAAUACAGAGGGGAGGUAUGGUAAGAUGAACAAAUAAAUGGGGUUUAAUAAAUGAUUCUCAUAACCCAUGUUCCCUUCCAUAUACCACUUCCUGCACACACCACAAGCUGCUGUUUUUAAACAAUUAUGUUGUUUUCAGGAACGAAAUUUGUUUGUUUUUGAUUUUUUGCAUAUUUAAAAGAAAAAAAAAAUUGAAUGUUUGUGAAAAAAAAGUGUCUUUAAAACAACCAAA